UCGUAUCUGGGAGUCUGAAAGUUUCUGUCUGGAGCGGUAGUGGAAAGUGAGCUUCUCCUGAAGCGAUUUUGUUGGGAUGCGAGCUGAUUUAUUGCCUCGGGUCUGGUUGCACAUCCCAGCUUAACCCCUCCGACCGGAGUCCUGCGCCGCUUGUGUCUCUGGGAUCCUUAAAUCUCCUAGGUCCCCGGCCAGGGGAGCAGACGUGUCCCUGCCCAGUGCACAAGCCCCACGCACACGCACGCACACGCGCGAGAUCUCGCCGAUUUCCUCCGACCUCAGCAUCCUCGGCCCGGCCGACUCCGAGCGCCAUGGAGGUGCUGGAGAGCGGCGAGCCCGGCGUCCUGCAGUGGGACCGCAAGCUGAGCGAGCUGUCAGAGCCGGGCGACGGCGAGGCCCUGCUGUACCACACGCACUUCUCAGAACUUCUGGAUGAAUUUUCCCAGAAUGUCCUGGGCCAGCUCCUGAAUGACCCUUUCCUCUCAGAGAAGAGUGUGUCCAUGGACGUGGAUCCAUCCCCAACAUCCCCAGCACCUCUUAUCCAGGCUGAGCAUAGCUACUCCCUGUGUGAGGAGCCUCCGGCCCAGUCUCCAUUCACCCAUGUGGCCACCAGCGACAGCUUGAAUGAUGAGGAGGCAGAAAGUGAGAAAUGGUACUUGUCAACGGACUUUCCUCCAGCAACCAUCAAGACAGAGCCGAUUACGGAGGAACCACCCCCAGGACUUGUUCCCUCUGUCACCCUGACCAUUACAGCAGUCUCCACCCCUUUUGAGAAGGAGGAGCCCCCUCUGGAAACAAAUACUGGGGUCGACUCCUCAUGCCAGACGAUUAUCCCUAAGAUUAAGCUGGAGCCUCAUGAAGUGGAUCAGUUCCUGAACUUUUCUCCUAAAGAAGCCUCCGUGGACCACCUGCACUUACCACCAACCCCUCCCAGCAGCCACAGCAGUGACUCGGAGGGCAGCCUGAGCCCCAACCCACGCCUCCAUCCAUUUGGCCUGCCUCAGGCCCACAGUCCUGCCAGAGCCGUGCCCCGGGCCCACUCUGCUCUGUCCAGCUCUCCUCUUCUUACGGCUCCACAUAAACUGCAGGGAUCAGGCCCACUGGUCCUGACAGAGGAGGAGAAGAGGACCCUGAUUGCCGAGGGCUAUCCCAUCCCCACCAAGUUGCCCCUAACAAAAUCAGAAGAAAAGGCCCUGAAGAAAAUCCGGAGGAAAAUCAAGAACAAGAUUUCUGCACAGGAAAGUAGGAGAAAGAAGAAAGAGUACAUGGACAGCUUGGAGAAAAAAGUGGAGUCUUGUUCAACUGAGAACUUGGAGCUUCGGAAGAAGGUGGAGGUGCUGGAGAACACCAAUAGGACUCUCCUUCAGCAACUCCAGAAGCUUCAGACUUUGGUGAUGGGCAAGGUUUCUCGGACCUGCAAGUUGGCCGGCACGCAGACUGGCACCUGCCUCAUGGUCGUUGUGCUGUGCUUUGCAGUUGCAUUUGGCAGCUUAUUUCAGGGCUAUGGGCCCUAUCCUUCUACCACCAAGAUGGCUCUGCCCAGCCAGAAUUCCCUGCCGGAGCCAUACACAGCCUCUGUCGUGAAAUCCAGGAACCUGCUGAUCUAUGAGGAACAUUCUCCCCUGGAGGAACCAUCCAGCCCAGCCUCCACCAGGGAGCUUGGGGGCUGGGAGCGAGGCUCCUCCUUGCUCCAAGCAUCAGGGCUGGAGUCCCUGCCUGAUGUGGAUCUUCCCCAUGUCAUUAUCUCGAAUGAGACCAGCCUGGAGAAGUCAGUGCUGCUGGGGCUGCAGCAGCACCUGGUCAGCGCCAAACUGGAGGGGAAUGAAACACUCAAAGUUGUAGAGCUCGACAGAAGAGUGAACACCACCUUCUAAGAGGUGUCUCCACGCUCUCUCUCCUCUUACCUCUACUUUAUAUCCCCUGACCACCUCCAUCAUCAGCUUUUCCUCUUUGCCACUGGAUCCGGAGGAAGACCUGGACAAGCACCCGUUGCUGAGCGGGAGGCACUCGUGGUUUCCACCUGGGUGUGCCUGCCAGUGUCCCCCUCUUACUGUCAUAGGAAGUUCUUUCAGGAGUAGACUGGGUGGGACAAGCAGGCUUGCUUUCACCUGUAGUGCCAAAAAGAUACUACCUGACUCUACCAUGCAAGGUGUGACCCUUUUUGAAAAGAGAUGAUUCUAACUCAACUGAGAUCCCGGACCCUAGCCACAAAACGCCAUGGUGCCUCUUGGGAUUUGGCAAAGCACUGACUCUUGUCCACCCCACUCUUGCCGGGUCUCCCAUGUGAACAUCCCACAGCCUUGGGAGUGCCCGAGAACCAUACCAGCUCCCUCCCUCUGCUCUGCCCUCUGGAGCCUGGGCUGGCCUGUCUCCACCCUGGCAUGGAUGGACAGGGCUCCCAUUGUAUUCUCAGGCCGCAAGUGCAAUGCCUAAAAGCAUCAGGCUGUUCUCCAGGCAGACCUGCCCAUCUUUGUGCUUGUAGGACUUCUCCCCACCGUUAGGCCCGCAUAGUCCUCCCUUCCUGCUUCUCCUCCCAUUUGUAAAUAGUAUUUAUUAGCUUUCUGAGGCUUCUCACUGGUGACCACACCAGGACAGUCCAUGCCUCCCUCCACACUAGCAAAAUCUUCUGUCAUCUUUGGAGCCAGGAGGCCCCCCCUUGUAGGCACUGGGAUUCCCAAUAUAUCUGGAUAAUGUUUUGUUUCCUUCCUUGUUUUUUUUUCUAAAUUUCAGGUCUAUAUGAUAAUUAAUGAUUGAGAAUCCACUUUAGCAGUUGUCCCUUGUUGUGUGGAUACAGAGGGAAUGAUGGACCCAUGUGGUGCUCUGG